AACGGUUUGUGGGGAUUUAAACUUUUGUGUUUCAUCGAGCUGGCUUGGCUUGUAAAUGGGGAGGAAAGAGAAAACCCAUUCACUACGGUGGUGCGCAAGACCCUGAUCAGCACUGCGCGGUCUUGCAUGACCAAAGUCAACGCGACGGAGAAAGACCUCGAGUAUCUCCGGAAAGACCCGCCCUAUCCUGAGAAGGCGGCUUGCAUCAUCAAGUGCUUGUUGGAGAAGAUAGGCGUGGUGAAGAGCAACAAAUAUUCCAAGAAUGGUUUCAUGGCGGCAGUUACACCCCUCGUGUUUAGAAACAAAAAGAAGAUGGAACACAUGAAAACUGUGUCGGAAAACUGCGACAAGGAGGUAAACCACGUGGAAUCGACGCCGUGCGAGCUUGGCAACGAAAUAACUACAUGCAUUUUCAAAUAUGCACCAGAGUUGCAUUUAAAAGCUUAA